UGGUCAAAUUUGACAUUGACGCCCAAAGCUAACGUCAAGCGUCAUCAUGAAAUCGCACCUUCUGUUUCGAUACAAAAUCGCACUGUUCUGUUGUUCGAUACAAAAAAUAUGUAAUAGUUAUUAGUAACUAUGUUCAAGUCAUACAAAAGAUUCUGAAGUUUGUCCUACCAAUCCUAAAUGUUUUUCUGACAGAAAACAUAACUUUACGUAUGUAAAUAAUCUAAUGAUAGAAAAUUUGUUGUACACAUUAACAUGUAUUUAAAAAAAAAGUUACAAAUCAUUGGAUUAAAAUGAGUAGUACUAAUCGUUUGCGAAGUUCCAGUGCAAUUAACAAAUGGUCAACGAAAAUGAAGGAAAAUCUAAAAAAAGGUUCGCUUAGAACAUCGUCUACCUUGGACACUGGCUGGAACCAAGAUUUACCCUCUCAUCCAUUAAGAUCUACAGCGUCGUCGAAUAUUUAUCAAUCUAAUACGGUUCCGAGUAAACAUGAUUUCAAACGAUCUGAAGAAAAAACGUCGGAAGAGACAAUUCUUAUUGAAGUAGACAGUAAUGUCGAUGAUUACUUGAUUAACCCAGAUAUAAAGAAUGUACCUAUCAAGCAAAAAAACGAUGCACUCCUUGGACGUAAUUAUGGUUAUAUUUGCGAUUACCCAAACCUAAAUGUUACACAAGCAAUGCUAGCUAUGCAAAAAUUACAAAGACUUAAAGAAUUACAAAGGAAAAGAGACCUAACAGAAAAAUAUUAUUCUCACGAAAUAAGGAAACUACUAAUUGGCGAUUACUGUCAUCCAAAUCCAAGAACUGAAUUGUCACCAUUGAAAUAUAAUUAUUUUAAUAAUAAUAAUAACAACAAUAGAAUACAAAGGUCAAAUUUUCUUCAGCCAUAUUUAGAGUCUGGAACCGUGUGGCACGAUGACGACGAUCACCCGUCUGGAUUGCGGAUGCAUUCAAGAAACGACAAGACCUAUUUUCACCACGACGACAGGUCGAGUUCAAAAGAAGACUUGCAAUCAGUCGCAGGAUCAGCACAACCUCCUAUAAAUACUGGUACUAGAUUAUAUCUUCAAAGAUCCAAAGAAGGGGAUUCCAAAUGCGACAAUCGUGGUUUCCAAACUGACAAAAACAGAUACAUGCAAUUAGCAAAUAAAGAACGAAAACUUCAAGAUGAAUUGAUUGCUGUUAACCAUGAAAUGGCAAAUCUUACUACGACUUUGUUGGACAGUAGCUGUGAAAGCGAUAAUGAAACAAUGAAAAGUCUUUAUGAAAUUGAUUAUCAAAAACGAGGAUUACCUAUAAUUCAUUACAGAAUACUUAUGGCAGCUGUUGAUUCUCCUAUCGGUGCUCCCAUCAAACCAGCAGUAACCGAUCUAAAAAAUGCUUACAGAGAUCCAACUAGAUUUAGAUAUUCAGCUAUCGAAAGACCGACCAUUGAACCUGCUAAAACUAUCAACCUAUUGGCAGUUCCAGAAAUCUUUACUCUUUGGAAGGAACCGUUUACUGGUAAAACGGAAUACGAAGAUAAUAUCAGUAAAAUGGGACUAUGCAAUAUGAGAAAUCUUCAACAAUAUUUAGAUCCAUUACCAUCUUCGAGAAAUAGAUUUGGAGAUUGCAGACUUCAAUAGUAAUCUUUUAUCAAUUAAUCAAAAAAAGAGAAACAUAUGAAAUCUAUGAAAUUUGAUGAAAUGGCAUGUAUUUGACUUGACAGUACUUGCGUUUAAAGUUACAAAUAUAUUCAAAUCUACAACGCAAGCAAUAUCAAUUUUAAUAAUUAUCAAUAAUUAUU